UAUAUCCUCUAUUUUUACCAAAACAAUUGUAUUAUAAUCCAGCUACGAAUCAAACUAUUUACGAAAAACCGCUACCGCUUUCACCAUAUUUUCCUUUCGACGAACACAAAUAUCACGUCUUAGCUUAUUUGGUCGAAGAAAUCGGCUGCUCCGUUUGCAUCUUUAUUAACUACGGCACCGAUACAUUAUUCUACAGUUUUAUGAGUUAUGUUCUGGGCCAAAUAGAUAUUUUGAAAUACUUUUUAAAUAAUUUCGAUUCGUAUAGUAAGAAGAUUAAAGGACAGUUGGAUUGCGAUGAUGAUAGAGCAGAUUUUGUUACGAUGCAGCUUUGUAUUUUUGAACAUCAAAGAAUAAUUAGUGAGAUAGCUUUAGCAAACUCAAAAAUUUCCGCUGAAGAAAAUAAUGAGAAAAAUAUUGACAGUUACUACGAUUUUAAUGGAAUAUCUGUUGAUAUCCAAAAUCCAGAGCCUUUUUCUAAAGAUGCAGAAACGUUAGAGCAAGUCGAAAUGGCAGUAGAUAAUAAUAGCAGCAAUGAAAACAAUUUGAUGGGUGCCUCUUCGUCAAAAGAAUCUGACAAUGAAAGGGACCUUGAAAAUUUUACUGACUUUGAAGAUUCUGGAAGUGAAUACGAUCCCGACACUGCUAUUGCUAAAAGUACAGGUUCUAGUUCAGACAGCACUUUGGAGCAAAUUGAAGAUGAAAAUUUAAAGCAAACAAAAAGAACAGAAAGGAAGGGCAGGCCUAAAAAAGGAAGAAAUGCGAAAUAUCUUGGACAGACCUUUAGAAACAGGAAAAAACUAAAAGAUUCAAAUAAGAAACACUACAGUAUUAAAGGAAAACUAAUCAAACCUAAGAUUUUUAUAGACUUUUUGUGCAAUUGUACACUAAAAUGUAACGAAAGUAUAUCGCAAGAAAACAGAAAAAAGGUGUUUGAAAACUUUUGGGGUUUAGCCAGUUACAAUGCCCAAACAGCCUACAUAGCAGCCACAGUUAGACAGCAAGGCAUAAAAAGGAAACGAAACAAACAAAGCACUAGAAGGCAAUAUACAAGAGUUUAUGAAAUCAGUAACAUUAAAGUCUGCAGAGACAUGUACAUUAAAACUCUACAUAUUUCACCAAAAAGGGUUAACACGGCUUUAAAGAAAAUAAAAACAGGUUCAGUUAAAGAUGAAAGAGGUUUUAUACAAGGGGGACAUAUUAAAUUAAGUGAAGAAACAAAAAAUAAAGUAAUACAUCAGAUAUCCAAGUUUCCGACAUAUAUUUCUCAUUAUACAAGAAAUGAGAGUGACGCAAAAUAUUCGGUACCUGAUCAUACAUUGAGAAAAAUGUAUCAUUUAUACACAGAAGACGAACUAAAUCAUAAACUGGGAUUCUCUUCGUACAAAACAAUACCUAUUCUAUGAAAACUUUAAUCUAAGGCACAAAGUCCCAGUUAAAGACACAUGCAAUGCAUGUGAUGGAUUUAAUGCUAAAAUUAAAAAUUAUCAAUACGAUGCUAAACUUAAAGAGGAGCAGGAAUUAAAACACACACAGCAUUUGCAAAAAGCAAAGGAAGCAAGAGAAUCAAUGAAGGCUGACAUGGAAGAGGCAAAAAUUAACGUAAAACUGGAUACCGCAACCUAUGGUAUGAAAAAAGUGUUAGGGUUACCAAAACUUCCCACAAACAUCGUUUUUUACAAAAGACAACUAUCAAUUUAUAACGAAGGAAUACAUACAGAGUCUAACGAUACACCCUACUGUUUUGUAUGGAAAGAGAGAGUUGCGGGUCGGGGAGCUCAAGAGGUAGGAUCUUAUCUUAAAAACUUUUUAGACAUAUUGAUAUUAUGGUCUGACUCCUGUGGUGGACAAAACCGAAAUAUCAAAAUUGUAGUGUUACUGUAAGCCAUCUUUGAAGCCCAUCCUUCACUUAAAAGGAUCUACCUCAAGUAUUUGAUAUCUGGUCAUAGUUUUUUACCUAACGACACCAAUUUUGGAGAAAUCGAGAGGUCUCUCAAGUACCAAAUACGUCUUUACACUUUGGAUGAGUUUAAAAGGUUUAUACAGCAGUGUUCACAAAAGAAAAAAAAUUGUUGUUAAGGAGGAUUUUCUCGGGACUUCAAAACUUGAAAAAUUAAUAACUAAUAGGAAAACCGAUAUCAACGGCAAUAAAAUUAGCUGGUUCGAAACUCGAGUUAUAAAACACAGCAAAGAAGUCCUUUUUCCAUAUUCAUAAAAUACACUCAUCAUGUUAAUGAAGAGUUUAGAGAAAUAAAUAUUAAGAAAAUAUCUAAAGGUCGUCCAAAUACUCAAAGCAAUUUUUUCUCACAGCUGUUUGAACUAUACCCAGAUGGUAAAGUAAUUUCUACAAAAAAAAUUGGUAGAUAUUAAAAGUUUGAUGGCUUUAAUUCCCAACGAUAUAAAAGACUUUUACAGAAACUUAAAUGCAGCUGAUUUCGAAGAUGACGUAGAUGGUUUCGGUGAAAAUAUAGAUUUUUUUACCAGAAAUAGAUGACGAUAAAGAGAAAUGAUGGAGAAAAAAGUUACUGUUCAUUGGUAAAUUAUUUAGGAGUUUAACUUUUAUUUUGUAUUAAACUACUAUCAGUUUUAGUUAAAGCUGA